AUGGCCACAAUCGUUGAAAAGUACAGGCAGCUUCCGGAAGAUGCAGCGUUUUUUUCGCUGGAGUUUUUUCCUCCAAAGACGGAGACCGGACUUAGAAACCUCAUGGCUCGUCUAGGCCGUAUGUCUGCUCUCAAUCCCAUGUUUGUGACUGUCACGUGGGGAGCUGGUGGAUCGACCCAGAGCAAGACGCUGGAGCUAGCGGCCACAUGCCAGAAGGAGCUGGGUCUCACCACAUGUCUGCAUCUGACAUGUACGAAUACCGAUCGCGAAAAGAUAGACCAUGCCCUCAAAACAGCAAAAGAUAACGGAAUAAAAAACAUUUUGGCUUUAAGAGGAGAUCCUCCUAGAGGCGAGGAUUUGGGAUCCGGGUCUGGAGAGUUCCGCUAUGCAGUUGACUUAGUGAGGUACAUCAGAAAGCACUAUGGUGAUUACUUCUGUAUUGGUGUGGCUGGAUACCCGGAGGGUCAUGUGGAAGGAUCUGAUGAUUCUGAGCAGAGCGUUGAACACGACUUCCCGUAUUUGGUUGAGAAAUUGAAUGCCGGUGCGGAUUUCCUGGUCACCCAGCUCUUCUUUGACGUUGAUAAGUUUUUGGAAUAUGAAAAGAAAGUCAAGUCUUGCAAGGAGAUAAAGAAUGCAAAAGAUUUGUUGAUUCUUCCAGGGUUGAUGCCAAUUAAUGGUUAUCAACUGUUCAACAGAGCGGCCAAGCUAUCGCAUGCUUCGGUUCCCAAGGAGAUCCAGGAUAGAUUUCCGGACUCUAUCCAAGGUGAUGACAACAAGGUCAAGGAGGUUGGUGUGCAGGUGUUGAUUGAAAUGAUUGACAAGAUCUACGGAAAUUCAGACAAGAAGAUUAGAGGUUUCCACUUUUAUACUUUGAACUUGGAGAAGUCCAUAGCUGAAAUUAUUGACCGCUCUCCCGUUUUGAGCAAGAUUUUGGAAAACGAUGAUGUGGAAAAUGCGAUCGAUGAAGACGUGGAUGCUGAUGAUACUGAGGCCAAGCGGUCGAGAUUUAUCCAGAACCUUGAAUCGAGGUCCAACUCCAACAAGGUGAUCAGCGACGAGUCUCAGCCUUUGGCCAUCACUACGUCUGACCUGAAGAGCUCUAGUAUCGGAACUAAGCCUUCAAAACGUACAAUUUUGGCCAUAUCUCUGGGGAAAGGAACUCUUGGUAAAGAUGCUACCUGGGACGAGUUUCCAAAUGGUAGAUUUGGUGAUUCCAGAUCCCCAGCUUACGGUGAGAUAGACGGAUACGGACCAAGCUUGAAACUGACCUCUUCAGAGGCUUACGAAUCAUGGGGUUAUCCAACCACUGUCAAGGACUUGUCCAAGUUGUUCAUAAACUAUUUGUUGAGCAAGCUUAAGGUUCUGCCAUGGAGCGAGCUAGGACUCAACUCCGAAACGGCCAUCAUCCAGGAAGAACUCAUAAAUCUCAACAAAAAGGGAUAUCUGACCAUUUCGUCCCAACCAGCGACCAAUGGAAGCAACUCCACAGACAAGAUUUUUGGAUGGGGACCUGACAACGGGUAUGUGUACCAAAAGUCGUUCGUCGAGAUGUUUGUUCCAAAAUCCGAAUGGGAAUCUGUUCUGAAGGACAAGCUGGCUAAGGAUGAAAAUGUAGGAUACUAUAAGAGUGAUCUGGAGGGCGCCUUCGAGACGAACUUACCUGAAUCCAGUGCCAUGUGUGUGACCUGGGGUGUUUUCCCAGACCGCGAGGUUGUUCAGACAACACUGCUGGGUGAAGAGUCCUUCAAAGCAUGGAACGAGGAAUCCUUCAAGAUCUGGAAAGAGUGGCAGAGACUGUACCCAAACCGCUCCAAGUCCUCGGACGUGAUCCAGUACGUGCUGGAUAACUACUGUUUGGUGACUGUGAUUCAUCACGACUUCCAGAAAGAGUCGGCCCUUUGGGAUCUUCUUCUUGAUUAA